AUGAACAAUAACACUCCUCCCCUCGAUAUCACCCGUAAAGUGGUUAUCGUCGGUGCAGGCCCAGUAGGAUGUCUCGCGGCAAUUGCCUUCGCUAAAAUGAAAUGGCAGGUCGAGGUCUAUGAAGCGAGGCCAGGUAAAGGCGACAAUGUUCUCGUCACCCAUUGUCUUGAUUCUUUUUUUCAAGAUUUACGGCUAUCAUCUUCGAAAGCGGCUGCUCAACAACGAUCUAUUAACCUGGCUAUUUCAUCGCGUGGCAUCGCCGCUCUACGAGCCGUCGAUGCCUCUGCAGCUGAGAGGUUUCUGCAAACGGUCAUCCCUAUGCGUGGGCGGAUGAUUCACGACAGACAGGGAAAUCUACAAAGCCAACAAUAUGACAAGGACGGCCAGUGCAUCAAUUCCAUAGAUCGCACUCUUCUAAACGAAGGACUACUGGAGGAGGCCUCGGCAACGCCCAACAUCCAUUUGAACUUCGAGCACAAGGUCCUUUCAGCUGAUUUCGACCAAAGGGUGCUGUUCCUUCGGGACGGCAAUUCGGGAGCAGAUGUCCGAGUCAAAUUCGACCUGUGUAUCGCUGCAGACGGGAGUCAUUCCAUCAUAAGGAGACAAUUGAUGAGGGUUGUGAGAAUGAACUUUCAGCAAGAAUAUAUUCCUCAUGAGUAUAUUGAACUUAAAAUGCCGGCAGGACACGACGAGCACGGCAAUCCUGCCUUCCUCCUUGAUCCGAAUCAUCUCCACAUAUGGCCUCGCCACUCCUUCAUGCUCAUCGCUCUGCCAAACAAAGUAAUCACGCACGCAGCUUCUAUGUGCUUCCCACCUAACGAGAUUCAAUUUCAGGAUAAGACAUUCACUUGCACCCUCUUCGCGCCUACUGUCGAGUUUGAUCGCUUGAUCACUCGCGAAGACAUCCUGUUGUGGUUCCAGAAUCAUUUUCCAGAUGCACUGUCGCUACUUGGCGAGGACAAAUUGUUGAAAGAUUUUGAGAAAAACCCCCGUAGCCCCCUGAUUACUACGAAGUUAACGCCUUAUCAUUACAAAGAUCGGUGUGUAAUUCUCGGUGACGCUGCCCACUCGAUGGUACCCUUUUUCGGACAAGGGCUUAACUGUGGUCUCGAAGACGUUCGGGUGUUGCUCACACUGCUGCAAGAAGAAUGCGUUGUCCCUACUAGAGCUAUGCCUAAUUCGGGAGACCCUGAAUCUGACUUCAUAGACCAGAGGCUAGCCAAGGCAUUGGCUCGUUAUUCUGCAAGUAGGCACGAAGAUGUCGUUGCCAUAUGCGAACUUGCAAUGGACAAUUACAUUGAAAUGCGCCACUCCGUAACAACGCCUGUCUACAUCAUUAAAAAGGCGCUCGACCACCUUUUGUUUUCAUUGACCGCUCGUGGACCCACGGUUCUUUCGUCUCUGGGUGACUCAUUGUCCCGCAUCGCCUUCCCGACUGCCAAUCCUCGCGGCUGGUUGCCUCUCUACACCAUGGUUACAUUCCGUCCCGAUAUCAGUUAUGCUACCGCUAGGAGGAAAGCAGCUCGACAGGCCAUCAUUCUCACCACUAUGGCAAGACUUGGAACCGUUGGCAUGUGUGCCACGAGCUUCUACCUUACGUGGAGAGUCUUACGUUGGCUGCGAAGUCAAAGAUAAUGUCCUCACUGUUGUGAAUUAUCGAACCUCGUGCUACCAUGGGUGAAAUGCAAAUAUUUGGGCGAAGCUCUUAUUUAAAAUCUAGAAUUUUCCGUGGUCUCGAGCGCAGAACAUUUGAGCGGUGAUUAAUUUGAGCAUUCCGACCAUGGAAUUAAUUCGCAGAAAAGAUUGCUGGGAGCGCGUGCUCGUCUGACCCGAUUCGUCCAAAGGAGAAUGCCAG